CAAAUACCAUCGGAGCGGUUGCAGACGUGCUCUUAACAUGCUGUAUUUAUUAUUAAUCCAGUUAUCAAUACUUCAAAUGUAUAGUGCUAACCGAAACUUUAAAUAUGAGCGUAGUUGGAAAUUAUUUUCUUACGAUAUUGAUGGAGUAAAAUACACGAAUGACUCGGAUUACGAAUACAAAGAAGGAACGUUCCAAUUUCAGAACGUGGCCUUAGAGGAUCAUGAAAAGUUUCUAAUAAGACAAAAUCUGAUUCCCUAUAACUUUAUUGAUGAUGUUAUUCGAACAAUAAUAAGCAUCCCGAGAACUCGUCCCGGAAUUCCAUUUACAGUAAACUAUAUUAAUAACUUUGAUAAUGAAAAGGAGCUAGUACUGAGACCAUUUCCUAAUGCGAAUGUUGGUAAAGAAUUGAUAUCAGUUUUUACGAUGGUUGAAGCAAUUUGUUCUAGAAUAUGGUUUGUUGAUACAGGAUAUCUGGAUAUCCCAGGUAUAAGGAAGCAAGUUAAACCAGCGUCGUUGCUACUUUUUAAUAAAUAUGAAGAACAACCGCAGUUCAGGAAAGACAUCGACAAUGCUUUUCUCCACAACGGUAUCACUAGUGGACUGCGAUCUCUAUCAGUUGAUUUUAUAUUACCGUGCUCCGAAUCUUACGUAUACAUUACUGACGACACUACCCGCGACCUCAUUGUCUUCUCGCUUCAGGACUUUCGUUUUACGAAAAUCAGCCGCGCAAGUAAUACGGCUGAUUCUUGGAAAUUUAUGGUGCCACAGUUUGAAACACAAUACAGGCUAGAAGUUGAAAAAUAUAGAAAAAGGCCGAAUGAAACAUACGAACACUAUGUCGAUUUUUUAAAUUCUACAAAUCAACUGUAUGAUCCAAAACGUGAUUCAAGGCCUCGUGAUACAUUUAACAGCACGAACUAUCCAAAUUAUGAAGGGAUGCUAUACACGAAAAAUUAUGAUGGUGACAUUUUGUUAUUCACGGAUUGGAAUCGGUACAAGCUUUACUGUUGGAAUAUGGAUACUCCAUCUGAAGAUAACAAUGUUGAUUGGCUCACAACAAUCGAUGAGAGUAAAUAUAGAUUUGCAGCUCUAGAUAUGUCCGCUAGGAUUUUUCGCGGACUAAUGCAGAGAACUUUAAAUAGCACGUCGUCAAAGUUCAAUGAAGACGAAUCCAAUUUUUGGCUUUUCUCGAAGGACAUUGACGAGUUGCUGGAGGGAUCAAAAUGCAUAAAUAACCGGUCCACGCAUAAAAUGACGCGGAGAUCGACGCGUCAAACUAUUAUUUUUCAAAAGAAUAUGAAGAAAAUGCGUACCUGAUAUCGUCAUUAGAGGUGUUGAAAAUAUAUCGAGACAUCUUGAACGGCAUGGCGCACUCGGUAUCGAGUCUCGAAGCGUGACCUUCAAAAACAGAACGGCGUUUUGGAAAUUUUAAUAGUAAUAAAUAAACUUUAUAAAACAA